AAUUGGUGAAGGGUUUCUAAAUUGCAGUUAUAGGUUGCCAUAUGAGCAACCACAACAUCAUAAAAAAAACUGCAUUUUAAAAUCUUAAACAUUUUGUUUAAUCAAGGUUUCAAGCUGGGAAUUAAUAAAUAUCACCACCAAUAUGGCUACGACAACAAACUUUUUUAUCUUAGGCAUUCUUUUCAUUAGCGUGAUAGGUGCAUCGGGUCGUAGCCUCCUUGAUAAUGGUAGUGCAGGAGGAAUUUAUGAUGUCACAAAAUUCGGUGCUGUUGCUGAUGGAAAAACCGACAAUGUUGAAAAAAUUAGGGCUGCAUGGCAGGCAGCAUGCAAAACCAGUACCGUACCAGCAACAGUUUUGAUUCCAGCGGGAACGUUCGUCACUGGGCAAACUCUUUUUGCAGGGCCAUGCACAAGUCCAAAGCCCAUAACUGUUGAAAUUGUAGGAAAAGCUCAAGCCACAACAGAUUUAUCUGAGUAUUAUAGUCCAGAAUGGUUCCAAUUUGAAAACAUUGAUGGCUUGGUGUUGAAAGGCAGUGGAGUUUUUGAUGGCCAAGGAAGCAUUAGUUGGCCGUUGAAUGAUUGCAAGCAGAACAAGGGAAAUUGUGCUUCCCUCCCUUCUUCUUUGAAAUUCGAUAAGAUUAAAAAUGCAAUCGUGCAAGACGUGACAUCAUUGAACAGCAUGCAGUUCCACUUCCAUCUACAUGGUUGCAGCAACAUUUCAUUUACUAACCUCCACAUAACAGCUCCAGGAAACAGUCCAAACACCGAUGGCAUGCACAUUAGCUCCAGCGACUUCAUUACUGUCACUAACAGCGUCAUCGCAACAGGUGAUGAUUGUAUUUCUGUUGGACAUAGCACAUCCAACAUCACUAUUAGUGGCAUUACAUGUGGUCCUGGUCACGGUAUUAGUGUUGGAAGUCUUGGUAAGAGGCCAGAGGAAAAAACUGUGAAUGGUGUUUCAGUCAAAAAUUGCACGUUCAUAGGCUCAACCAAUGGUGCUAGAAUUAAAACCUGGAUUGGAACAGCACCGGCUGAGGCAAAAAACAUUGUUUAUGAAGACUUGAUCAUGAAGGAUGUCCAGAAUCCCAUUGUUAUUGACCAGAGUUAUGGCAAAAAAGAGAGAGUGCCUUCAACUUCGGUGUGGAAGAUCAGUGAUGCUCAUUUCCGUAGGAUAAAAGGAACAACAGUCUCAAACAUUCCGGUGUCAUUGCAAUGCAGCUCAAAGAAUCCAUGUGAAAAUAUUGAGGUAGCAGAUGUUGAAUUGACUUAUGUAGGUCCUCAAAAAAGUAUACCUUUUGCAAACUCUUGUAUCAAUGCAAAAGCUAUUUUUGGAGGGAAACUCAACCCAGCAGCUUGUGUAUCAUAAAAAACAUUUUGACAUUUUAAUUGUAACUACUUAUUGACAUAUAAUUAAUUGAUUGGUGGUUAUUAUUAAUUACCACUUGAUUCCCAGCU